CAAUUUCCAUAUCACUUCCAUAAAAAUGUUGCUGAAAUGCACCUAUUGACAUGCAUAAUCAUGAUGUGUUAAUUUAAAAUGCAAGUUACCAAACAAAAUGGUGUGAUCCCCUUAAAAAUUAUAUAUAGCACUCACAGAUAUACAUAAGAAAACUUAAAGGGCAUUAUGAGGGUUUAAUGUUUGUUUCGUACUAAAAUACGUCCCCUCAAAAUUCGUAUUUGAAGCCCUAGCCCUCAAUGUGACUGUUUGAAGAUGGGCUUUUAAGGAGGUAAUCACGGUUAAAAGGGGCCAUAAGACUGGGGCUCUAAUCCAAUUGGACUGGUGUCCUUACAAGAAGAACAGAUAGAAGUGGUUUGCACAGAAGAAAGGCCCUGUGAAGACACAGUGAGAAGUUGGUCAUCUGCAAACUAAGGAGUGAGGCCUCACCAAAAACCUACAGCACAGGUGGCAAACACAAGGCCCGCUGGCCGAAUCCCGCCCUCCACCUAGUUUUAUCCGGCCCGGGACCUUGUUUCUACCUGGCGGCAGCACGGAGCUCCUAGCUCCUACGCUCCUGCCAGCGCGCUAGUCACGUGUGCAGCGUGUGUGAUGAGUUUACGCUGCAGGAGCAGGAGAACGGCGGGAGCUGCGGCCAUAGCUACAGGAGAACGGUGAGCCUGUGUAAGAAGAGUAAUAGGUGGCGCACCAUACCAUCUUUGGUGGAACAAUUUCAAUCCCAAAAUGUCCAGUAAGAGAAAGAUUGAUGCAGAAGGAAGGCAAUUUAAUGAUAGAUGGGAAAGCGAAUACAUGUUUGUGUUUCAAGGGGAAAACCCAGUGUGUCUUUUGUGUUAUGAGACAAUAUCAGUGAUAAAGGAGUACAAUGUACGUCGGCAUUUUGAGACCAAACAUGGAACCAAAUAUGCUAAAUUUAGCCUCCAAGAAAAACAACAAUUGGCGCAAGAAUUAAAAGGCAGACUGCAAUCACAGCAAAAUGUGCUCACCAGAACUAUAGCCAAAAAUGAUGCAGCAGUGAAAGCCAGCUUUAUUGUGGCUGAAGAAAUUGCUCGAGCUUCCAAGUGUUUUUCAGAGGGUGCAUUUUUCAAGCAGCGCAUGCUAAAGGUGUGUGAGCAGGUGUGCCCUGAUCAAAUACAGACUUUUAAAAAUGUCAGUUUGUCAAGAAACACCAUCGCAAACCGUGUUAAGGAACUAGCAGGAAAUCUGGCCACACAGCUGGUCGAAGAGGCGCGCAGUUAUCUGGCUUUUUCCUUAGCUGUGGAUGAGAGCACAGACAACACGGAUACAUCGCAUCUAUCCAUUUUUAUAAGAGGUGUGAAGGCGGACUUCUCUGUCACUGAGGAACUCUUGGAUGUAAUUACCAUGCAUGGGACAACAACAGGGAAGGACAUUUUUGAUGCGGUGGAGAAGUCCAUAAACAAUCAUAAGUUACCCUGGGAAAAGCUGGUGGGGCUAACUACCAACGGUGCCCCUGCAAUGUGUGGAGAAAAAACAGGCUUGGUUGGACUAAUGAAGGAGAAAUUGCAAAAAAGUAGCUGCGACACACCUCUGAUAACGUAUCAUUGCAUUAUUCAUCCAGAAGCUCUGUGUGGAAGGGUUCUGGAACUGGAUAAUAUUAUGACCACAGUCAUGAAAACAGUGAACUUCAUUCGGGCUCGGAGCUUGAAUCAUGGCCAGUUCCAAGUGUUUCUGCAGGAAAUGGACUCAGAGCGUGAAGAUGUGCCAUACCAUACAGAAGUCAGGUGGCUGAGCAGGAGUGCAGUCCUGAAACAAUUUUUUGAGCUUAGGGAAGAAAUUGCACUUUUCAUGCAAAGUAAAGGAAAACCCUUGCCUGAGCUGUCAGAUCCAAACUGGCUGUGCGAUUUUGCUAUGUUAUGUGACAUAACCGAGCAUCUUGCCCAACUGAAUCAGAAGCUGCAGGGACGCAAACAAGUCAUCACGCAGAUGUCCGACGCAAUCACGGCUUUCCAGCGUAAACUUCACCUAUGGAAGUCCCAAGUGGACAAGGACAAUCUUGCCCACUUUCCUGUUUGUCAGAGCAUCUCAGCCUCAGUUCCUGGUGCUUUUUCAUGCACGCCCUUGGCUACCAAAUUGAGCCAGUUAAUUGAUGAAUUUGAUCAGCGCUUCUCAGACUUCAGAAGACAGCGCUUAAGCUUUGCCAUCUUUGCCAAUCCUUUCACCAUUGAUGUCGACAGUGCACCCCACAACCUUCAGUUGGAGUUAAUUGAUAUUCAAAGUGAUAGUUGCCUGAGAGUAAAGUUCGAGGAUGUUAAAAUUGAGGACUUUUACUGUCUACUGCCUCCUGCUUUGAUGCCACAGCUCCGACUUCACGCUGCCCGUAUUCUGUCACUGUUUGGGAGCACCUAUCUGUGCGAACACACGUUUUCAAUAAUGAAUCUAAACAAGACUAAGCACAGGUCACGCAUCACCGAUGACAACCUCCACGCUGUUUUACGAAUUGCCACAGCACAAGGCCUGAAACCAGACAUAGACACACUGACCUCGAGAAAACGGUGUCAGACAUCCAGAAAACAAAACAGUUGUGUUUCAGCUCCAGGCACAGAAAAGCAGCAGAACCAGACCAGCGAUGCCGAUGCCGUGGCUGACAUCUGGACCAGCUGCACUGACUGAUGACCCCUCUGGUGCUGACCAAUCAGUAGAGACUAUGACCCUAAAAGGACACACCUGGAAAGCUGAUGAGUAUUCUAUUGGGAUCCUCCUAAUACCUCCAGACGAGGGCCUGGUGCUGCUCUCCCUCCCUGGACCCUUCAGCAUUUUUCCUUCUGCCUGGUCUUCCCCCAGGCAUGUUAGCUUUACCUUUAUCUCUCCUAAGCUCUGGGGCCCUUCUUCUGCCUCUGUAACUUGUUUCCUGAACCUGCACCCCACUGGCUCACUUUUCCUACCUCUGUGACUUUCCAAAUAAACUUUCUCUUAUAGUUUGAG